AUGGAGGCACUCACAACUUUGCGAGCACAAUGGAGGCACUCGCAAAUUUGCGAGCACAAUGUAGCAGGCCUGGACUUCGCCUUCUUUCUAGCACAAUGGUGCUCGCAAACGAAUGGUGCUCGCAAAAGUCGUCACAAGUUUGCGACGAGCGUGAGAAGAUAUAUGGAAGGUACACCAGAGAUGCUACCUCCCCCUCCCCCUGUGGUCCCACCCAAUGUUGUGCCACAGAAAGUAGCUAUUGGGAAAAGGGUUCCCAUGUCUAGGCCUGGAGUUGCCACCAGAGGGCAAAGCAUCCCACUCUUGGUUAACCAUUUUAAGGUUACUGUAGCCAAGAGUGAGGGCUACUUCUAUCACUACAGUGUCUCGAUCAAGUAUGAAGAUGGUAACCCUGUUGAUGCAAAAGGAAUUGGGAGAAAGAUACUAGAAAAACUUCAUGAAACAUAUGUUGUUGAGCUGGAUGGGAAAAAGUGUGCAUAUGAUGGUGAGAAGAGCUUGUUCACUAUUGGUCCUUUGCCUCAAAACAAACUGGAGUUCACUGUGAUUUUGGAUGAAGUUUCCUCAAAUAGGAGCACUGGGAGAGGAAGCCCCGAAGCUGAUGGUAGCCCUACUGACCUUGAUAGAAAACGUCUACGUAAGCAGCCUCGUUCAAAGACUUACAAUGUGGCAAUAAGCUAUGCUGCAAAGAUCCCAAUGCAAGCCAUUCCCAAUGCACUUCGGGGGCAAGAUUCUGAGCACUUUCAAGAAUCUGUGAGAGUGCUAGAUAUCAUUCUGAGACAGAAUGCUGCUCAACAGGGGUGCCUUCUAGUGCGUCAGUCCUUCUUCCACAAUGAUGAUAGAAACUACGUGGACUUGGGAGGUGGUGUCUUCGGUUGCCGGGGUUUCCAUUCUAGUUUUAGAGCAACACAAGGAGGUCUUUCCUUGAAUAUGGAUGUAUCAACCACCAUGAUCGUUAGGCCUGGACCAGUGAUAGAUUUUCUCCUCUUCAAUCAAAAUAUUGAUAAUCCCUCACGCAUUGAUUGGGUUAAGGCCAAGAGGGCACUGAAGAAUCUGAGGGUCCGGGCAACUAAUUCGAAUAGGGAAUUCAAGAUCAGCGGCUUGAGUGACUUCGUGUGCAAGGAGCAAACGUUCUCACUGAAACAAAGAAGUGAAGGACGAGAAGUGGAGAUCACUGUAUAUGACUAUUUUCUCAAUGAGCGCAAUAUCCAGUUGAAGUAUUCAGGAGAUAUGCCAUGCCUGAAUGUGGGGAAACCAAAGCGUCCCACUUACAUUCCUGUUGAGCUAUGCUCCUUGGUAUCCCUUCAACGGUAUACAAAGGCUUUGUCAAAUUUUCAGAGAGCUGCACUUGUAGAAAAGUCUAGACAAAAGCCUCAUGAGAGGAUGAAUGCCUUGAAAAACGGCCUGUCGAAAAGCAACUAUGCCGCUGAUCCUCUUCUUCAAUCGGCUGGAGUUACAAUCAGCACUGAAUUUACUCGCAUUCAGGGCCGUGUCUUGGCACCACCUAAGCUGAGAGUUGGCAAUGGAGAGGACUUUGCGCCACGUAACGGAAGGUGGAACUUCAACCAGAAGAAACUGGUUGAGCCUGUCAAAAUUGAAAGAUGGGCUGUUGUUAACUUCUCUGCUCGGUGCAAUAUGCACAACUUGUGCAAAGACUUGAUCAGAUGUGGAAACAUGAAAGGAAUAAUCAUACAUGAUCCUUAUGUAAUGAUCGAAGAGAUGGCACAGUCAAGGCGAAGCCCUUCUCCUAUCCGGGUUGAUGAUAUGAUUGGCUUGGUCAAGACGAAACUUCCAGGCCCCCCUCAGUUUCUUCUCUGCAUUCUGCCAGAGAAGAAAAACUCUGAUCUCUAUGGCCCUUGGAAGAAGAGGAAUCUUUCUGAACUUGGUGUGGUGACUCAAUGCAUUGCGCCAACACGCAUCAAUGACCAGUACUUGACCAAUUUGCUGCUGAAGAUCAAUGCCAAGCUUGGUGGCCUGAAUUCUAUCUUAACUACAGAAAACGCUCCACCAAGGCCACUACCCCUGGUUUAUAGCAAACCCACCAUUAUCAUAGGAAUGGAUGUUUCCCAUGGUUCACCUGGCCGAGAUGUCCCCUCUGUUGCUGCGGUUGUUAGUUCGAGGAAAUGGCCUUUGAUAUCCAAAUACCGGGCAGCAGUCCGUACUCAACCGCCAAGAUCUGAGAUGAUCGAGUGUCUGUUCAAGCCAACUUCUGCAACUGAAGAUGCAGGCAUUUUCAGGGAGCUACUGAACGAUUUCUAUGAGAGCUGUGGGCGUAGACCAGAACAAAUAAUCAUUUUCAGGGAUGGAGUGAGCGAGUCCCAGUUCAACCAAGUCCUAAACAUUGAGCUGGAGCAGAUUAUCCAGGCUUGCAAGUUUAGAGAUGAGAAAUGGGAACCCAAGUUCAUGCUGGUUGUGGCACAAAAGAACCACCAUACCAAGAUCUUCCAAGCCAACUCUCCUGACAAUGUCCCUCCAGGGACGGUGAUUGACAAUGGAAUAUGCCAUCCUAGAAACAAUGAUUUCUAUAUGUGUGCUCAUGCUGGAAUGAUUGGAACAACCCGGCCCACACACUAUCAUGUUCUCUACGAUGAGCUCGGCUACUCUCCUGAUGAUUUUCAGGAGUUUGUGCUCUCCUUGUCCUAUGUGUACCAGAGAAGCACUACAGCCAUAUCAAUAGUGGCUCCUAUAUGCUAUGCUCAUCUUGCUGCGGCUCAGAUGUCUCAGUUCCUGAAGUUUGAAGACUUGUCGGACAAGUCAUCGAGCCACAGUGGUGGCGGGGGCCCUACUGUGCCUGAGCUUCCAGUCCUGGAGGAGAAAGUCCGCAGCUCCAUGUUCUUCUGCUGAGUAAUUGAAAGGCCUCAUGCACUUAACCACUAGAAUGAAAACUAUGAGUUUCACAACUCUCUGCUAACUUAAAUACUCCAGUUUUGGCGCUUACAUGAUCUAUUUUGGCCUUUAUUUUGAGCAUAAAAUUUGCUGCAAUGAUUUUGUCAAGUCGAAUAUUUGCUCGUCUGCCAUUGGAGUUGGCUGACCAUAUAGCAGGAGUGCCUGCUAUUUAUUGUGUUAUUUCGGUUUGUAGUAGAGUGAAUGACUACUUUUGUGGAUUGCUAUA